GGUUAGGACUGUGGCAAAAUGGCGGCUGCCAUAGCGGCCUCGGCGUUGCCGGGAGUUUUCGGGCGCCUGGUGUCUGUCUGUAGCCGUAGCAUCUUGGCAUCUCAGGGACACGGACCUGGUGAGACCAGGGAGGCCUGGUGAGGGAGGAAACAGAAGCGGUGUUUCCGCUGUCUGCCGCAUGUGUGUCUGAGGCCGCCUUUGUACCUGGAGUGUUGGUUGCGAAAGUCGUGAAUAUUACACGGGGUUUGGAGUACGAGAACCUAAGAUGAGAAUGUGGUUCCUUCAGUUCAUUGUUUAAUACUGACAACUGCUCUUAAACUUAUGUCCUCCCUCUGGUCUGCUUCUCGAAGGCUCAGUUCACAGAGUGCUUCAUAUCCACAAGGAUAUGUUCCUAAGACCUCCCUGAGUUCACCACCCUGGCAAGAAGUGGUUCUGCCAGACCCUGUUGAAGAGACCAGACACCAUGCAGAGGUUGUGAAGACAGUGAACGAGCUCAUUGCUACAGGCCAGUAUGGCCGGCUGUUUGCUGUUGUACACUUUGCCAGCCACCAGUGGAAGGUGACCACUGAGGACCUGAUUCUAAUUGAAAAUGAGUUGGACAUCAAGUGUGGAGAGAGGAUUCGGCUGGAGAAGGUCCUGCUGGUUGGGGCAGACAACUUCACACUCCUUGGCAAGCCACUUCUUGGAAAGGAUCUCGUACGAGUUGAAGCCACAGUCAUUGAAAAGACAGAAUCAUGGCCCAAAAUCAACAUGAAAUUUAGGAAAAGGAAAAAUUUCAAGAAGAAAAAAAUCAUUGUGAACCCACAGACCAUCCUCCGGAUUAACACCAUUGAGAUUGCACCUCGUUUGCUGUGACUGCAGAGCCACUGUCUAAGAAGUUCUGAGCUGUCUAAUAAACUCAGGUCUGUACUCAGGAAGCUGAGGCAGGAAGAUCCCACGUUCCAGGCCAGGUUGGGCUACACAGCAAGAUCCUGUCUGACAUUGAAAACAAAUAAAGUAUUUUGUAGGAGUCUGA